UCCAUUGAGCUUGUUCGGUUCAUUCCAGUUUGGGUCUUUGUGAUCCCAAGUUUGAUGCAAUCGCUCAAGGUCGUUAUUCGAAUUAUUAGGAAAGCCAAUGGCAUUUGCGUACGUGAAGAGUGAUUGGAGUGUGUGACAGGUAUGGGAAGGAAGUCAAGACCGGCAACCCUGAUUUGGAGCUUUGGUCAUACACAAGAGUUCCAAUUCUAGACCUGGAUCCCAACGUAUUUUCGAUUUUGAUUGCUAUUGAACAUCAGAUCCACUUUCCACACUGGAAUCUGGCGCCAUGGGAAACGGGAUCAAUGCUUUACGGCUAUCGUCAAAAAAGCCCCCGACUGAAGACUUUUACCUCAGUCGUGAGCAUCCCAAGGUGAAGUUGAUCUAUUUUGACGUGAAAGGUCGAGCUGAACUGAUUCGUCUUAUUCUCGUAGUGGGAGAAGUGGAUUUCCAAGAUUAUCGAGCCCGAGGGGAUUGGUCAGAAAUCAAACAGACCACGCCAUUUGGACAAUUGCCCAUUCUGGAAUAUGGUGAUAUCAAAGUGGCCCAAUCAAUAGCAAUUGCCCGGUAUGUGGCCAAAAAGACAGGCUUGGCCGGUGAUACCGACGAGGAACAAGCAUUUGCUGAUAUGAUAGUAGACCACAUAUCAGACCAAUUUACAAUUGUUAUGCGCAUAUUUAGUGCCAGUACUCCAGAAAUGCGAUUAGACGUUGCCAAAGAAAUUUACAAGAAAAAGAUCCCAACUUUUCUGAAAUAUGCAGAGGAUUUUCUUAUGGAUAUGGGUGGCACCCAUUUCACGGGCAACAAGUUGAGCUAUGGAGACAUCGCUAUGUUCAACUUUUUGAACAUGCUCUUGGAAGACUCAGGACCUUUUGCAGUGUUACAAAACAAGGUAGAUCGGGCCACCAUUUUGAAUUCCUACCCUCAUCUAUCAGAUCUCUUCCACUCAGUCAAAGAUCAUCCAAAAAUCAGGGAGUAUUAUGGCAAAUGAAGAAUUGCUCGAACACGCGGGGCGAUGUCAAGGUUGUAAUAAUCAUCGGAAUCAUAUCAAACAGGUCUUUUUGGAGUGGACCGACCUUCCUGUAAAAAGAUGCUUGCUCUGUUCAAGUUUUAAAGUCUAGACUGAAACUGACAAUUGCAAUAAACAUUCAUCCUAAUCCGGAUUGCAA